GUGAACUGGUGGCAGAUAAGGAUUUCAAAUUACAACAGAGAGAGACAGAAAACAACAACUAACUUGCAGGGAGUCUUCUCAGCACUACCUGCAUGGUGGAGAUCUGAUCUUUAGGAGCAGGACAAUGUUUGGUCCUCCACCCAGGUCCUAUACCAGUGAGCAUUGUUGCCAUGGGAACACGUAGGUCCAACAGGUACAGCAUUGUGUCAGACAUUUUACCAGAGGAGGAACGCCAGAAGAUCUCCAGCUUAAGACUCCAUAACGGCCACAGUUCUCCCAAAUUCCAACUAGAGUCGGCCUGCGACACAGAGACAGAAGACAGAAGGAGGUCGGGGGCCUCUGCUGCCGUGCCCAGCACAAGGGGACAAGGAGUGAUGAACAACUACAACGGGAAGAUUUUGACAAGGGGCUCCAACCAAAUACGGAGCCGGUUUGUGAAGAAAAAUGGACAAUGUAACGUUUUAUUCACUAACAUGGAGGACAAGAGGCAGCGCUACCUAGCUGACAUCUUCACCACCUGCGUGGACAUCCGCUGGAGAUACCUGCUGCUUAUAUUCUGCAUGAGCUUCAUGGUCUCGUGGCUUUUCUUUGGCAUUAUCUUUUACGGUGUCUCCCGGGCACAUGGGGACUUUGAGGAGCACCUUGUGAAGGGGGAUGUUCUGGCGGUAGGGGGAAUGUAUGGACCCACCUCGCACACGGCUGGACAAAGGAUGCCCUGCAUACUUCAUGUCCAGGGCUUUGUUGGGGCGCUCCUGUUCUCAAUGGAGACCCAGACCACCAUUGGUUAUGGCUGGCGUUGUGUUACUGAGGAGUGCCCUGUCGCUGUGAUAACAGUGGUUAUCCAGUCCAUUGUGGGCUGCAUCAUUGACUCUUUCAUGAUUGGCACUAUCAUGGCCAAGAUGGCACGACCAAAGAAGAGGAACCAGACCCUUGUGUUCUCUAAAAAUGCUGUCAUCGCCCAGCGUGAUGGCAAGCUGUGCCUCAUGUGGAGGGUGGGCAACCUGCGGAAGAGCCACAUUGUGGAGGCUCAUGUCCGUGCCCAGCUUAUACGUUCAUAUGUCACAACUGAGGGUGAGUAUAUCCCUUUGGAGCAGAUGGACCUCAAUGUGGGCUACGAUGAGGGCACAGACAGGCUGUUUCUAGUAUCCCCGCUGGUUAUAGUCCAUGAGAUCGAUAAAGACAGCCCCUUGUACACUUUAAGCCGAGCUGAUCUGGAGACAGAUGACUUUGAGAUCGUUGUGAUCUUGGAGGGGAUGGUGGAGGCCACGGCCAUGACCACUCAGUUCCGUAGCUCCUACCUUGCCAGAGAGGUCUUCUGGGGUCACAGGUUUGAGCCUGUGAUAUAUGAGGACGGAGACCGCUACAAGGUAGACUACAGUCGCUUCCACAACACCUAUGAGGUGCCAUCAACGCCCCACCUCAGCGCCAAAGAGCUCGACGAGGCCACGAGCCGGGCCUCAUCUGCUGCUUCUCCCAUCUCUGCAUGUAGAACCGCACGAGACUUGAUUCCCAGGUCGCUGAGCGCAUUUUGUUACGAGAACGAGGUCGCAUUGAGCUGUGGAGAGGAAGAAGAGGACAUCUUUGACUCCUCUCAGAUUGUAUUGAAGGAGAGGGCAGAGGACAGGAGAACUUCAGUUUCUGUAGACUUCCAAAACAUGUUCCAGGACACCGCGACUAUGUCAUCAGGCAGCCACAAUGUCAUGUGUGUUUUGGACAUGGACAAUAACCAGAUGGAGUUUGACAUCCUUCAGCCUGCCAUGCCUCUUGAUCCAGUGACCUAUAAGAGUGAGCAAGAGUGAGCAAGAGCUCCAAAGAGCGCCGGCACAGUGGUCUUUGUUUCAACUUUGGAUUGCAUGUACAGAAAUGUAAACCCCCUUUGCCUUGCCAGUGUUGUUUUAUAUUUAUAUCUGUUUGAGUUUCUUCUCAUUGAGAUGAUUAAUUAAGAAAAAGAAGAAGCUGUUUUCCUCGGUAUCUUUUGGCACAUGCAAGUGCAUUUCUUGAAGAGCCAUUACGGUCAACCAGAGGAAUAUAAAGCUUCUUUGACGAAACGCUGACAGGAUUUCAUAACCAAAGGAUGCACAAUAGCAGAAACUUGAGUCAUGUUUUAGACAGUAUAUAUAUUUUUUUGUAGUUAAAAAUGACCUUUAUCUAAUAACUUGACUGUAAACAAGAGAUUUUAUGAAAGCAAUAUCAGUCUUAAUGAAACUCUCUUCCUUUUCGAAGAGGACUGAUGUCAAGAUGUUAAAGAGGUACUGUUUUAUCAAAGUGUGGUAGGUUUAUGCUUGAUAAUCUCCAUGUUGUUUGUGGAUUUCAACGGUCAUCAUGCCUGCAAUAGUUCCCUUCAAAGUCUGCUAUUUGCACGUAUGUGAGACUGCCUAUUUUUCAAAUCUUUUACUGUAAAACAUAAAGAACCUCUCUUUAUUCAGCUAGUUAGUGAGAGUCUACUGUUGUUGAUUUUGCUGUGUAGUCUACCUACAAAACGUUCAAAGUGCAAUCACUAAGUGUAGCAGAAGGGGCAUUUUUCUGAGUUUGAUUUCUUGAGACAAUAACUUUUGACAAAUAUAUUGAUUUAUUACAAUUUAGGAAGACAUCACUGCAUUUUGAAUCUUAUGUUA